GCGGCGCCACUGUUGCAGUCUGUUCCAAAGUAUAGAAAACCCCAAAACCAUCUCUCUCUCUAAUCCCAUCAAUCAAGGCAAGACUAGUCACAUGCCCUCCAGUCUCUCUUCUUUUUCUUCUAGCUCUGCUCUCUCCCAGGUAUGAGAAAAAUGAAACCAAUAGAAUUAAAUUUUAUUUUUCUUUGGUAUUCCGCUAAUGGGGUCUUUGCUGUUAGAGCAUUUAUUUAUUUGUUAGUCUGUUCUUUGUGCUCUUCAUUCAAGAUCGUGUCUUUAUGUCUCUUUAUCAAUCUUUCUUGUACUGGGUGUCCCUGUAAAUUCGGCUAUUUAAUUAUCAUCAAUUGUUGUUUUAUUGCAGACCUGGACCCUCGCAUUUCUUGGUUUGGGGUUAAUUUGGGAAGUAAACUGGGGGUUGAUUUUCUAUUUCUUCUACUCUUAGAAUUCAUAUGUUGUGGUACUUUGGUAGCAAAAUUAAUAGUUUUGUAGUCUUUUUUUGUUAUUGAAUAUUCUUCCUUUCAAAUAUUCCAUUGGAACAAACAUGUCAGUUUCUCUUCUUGGAUCUACCGAGUAGAUACCACUAUUGGCUGGUAUGCCUAUUAAUAAUUCCUAAUAGCCUCAAGCUGUCAAACUACAUGUAGUUUGGAACUCCCAAAGCAAACCAAGGUGGGAAGUUUUAUGUUUUAUAUUUAUCUCAGAGGAGUAACAAUGGAGAAAAAACAACUAAAUUUCAAUGCCCCGCUCAUAUCAGUGAGGAGAAUGUCAUCAAUUGUAUCUCAACCCGAAGAAAUAAUUCGGAAGACGAUUGGCAAGACACUACCAAACAGACAACACUCUCUUCCUGCCCCGAAAACAAAAAAUGAUUUGACCAAACCUGCUGCAGUUCCCUUUGUAUGGGAACAUACUCCAGGACAGAGGAGAUCAGGAAUUGAAAGAAAAACAUAUGCAUAUGAAGAGCCUUGUUCCACUACCCCUAUGCUUCCCCCGGGCCGGACGACCCGAGAUUCUGUAAGAUUCUAUUCGGGCGAAAGGCCACGUGGAAAAAACCUCUACGAGUAUCAUGGAGAGUCUCUUCCAUGGAAUGAUCAUGCCGCUUUAUUGGAAACCUUGGUUGAUAGUAUGUACUACUCCAAAGGGGAAUCUGAACUGGAAUUCCGGGAGCACUCUCGUUCUGAUUCUGAUUCAUAUGGCUUGCGAUCACCGUCAGAAUCAUUGUCGUUGAGUUGCAGUAUGAGUGGAUUAAGUGGAUAUCAAGGUCCCGAUGUGAAACCUUCUGGAACGUUCUCUGUUGACUUGCAGACCCGAGAGUUUAUGAUUAACCGGUUCUUACCUGCAGCAAAGGCCGUGGCUUUGGAAAACCCUCAGUAUGUUCCGAAAAAGGAGGAACUUUUGGUCAAUGAAGAACUUAAGGUUUCCCCAAUAGAAAGAAAGCCUCCUCAUAAUAUGCCACCAUGUUAUAGCGACUGCACAGACGAUGAUGAUAGUGAGUCUGAAGAUGAAAAAGUUACUAUUACACCUACUGCUAAGAAGCAGAAGCAGUGGGGUAGAUCUUUGAAGAUUUUCCCCUGGCUUUGUGUGAAGAAAUCUUUGUGUCUUUUAAAUCGUUUGCCAGGAAUAAAAACUACAAAUCAAACUCCAGCUCAUGCCCCUCCACGUCCUCCUACAGACAUGAAGAGGUUAGCUAGGAAUGCAUAUAGUGGACCCCUCAAUGUAGGCAGAAAAGCUUAUAGCGGACCUCUCGACAAGCAAGUGUGUGAUGCCAUGUACAACAAACGGCAGUUCCAUUCUGGAGCUCUAUCGGGAGAGCUGUACAAGUGUAGUGGUGAUGAUAGAAGGAUGUCUUAUUCUAGAGAUUCACACGGACUGUCCCCAAACAGGCACUCUAGAAGUGGCACAAUAUCUCCAUACCGAAAUGUAACUCCUCGGUCGCCUUUCAAUGAAGGCACCAAGUUCCUAGGAGUGCCAAAAGAAGAAGCCAAGAGGGCGAGCAGUUAUCUUCAAGAUGCUUCUAGAAAGAGCAUAGUGAUGACAACCUCAGACAAGAAAACCGUGUACGUAGAUUCUGUUCAAAAGGUGGAAGUUCCAAGCUCCAUAGUUGCUGCCGUAUCUCUACAGAGCAAAUCGAAGCUUAUAGGAAAUGUAACUAAAGGCAAGAAAGAUGAUCACUUGAUGAGAGAUGAUGAUGAUGCCAAAUGUGAAGUUACUACUACUACGACCACUCCAGAUUCACCUCUACCCCCACCCUUACCCAAGAUGCCUUCUGAGUCAUGGCUUUGGCGCCGCACAUCACCUGCUAUUCCUUUGCAGAAUGUAAAGAAUCAGAGAUCAAAGUCUUCUAAUAAGGCUGCUCCUUCCAAGUGGGAGAGCAUUGUGAAAUCUUCCUUUUUACAUCGCGAUCAUGCCCGCUAUUCUGAGGAGCUUAUUCCACCGACUGCUCGCCAACAAAGCAAAAGAGUUUAGAAGCAGCAGCAGAUUGGCUCCUCACCUUUCAAUAAUUCGAGUGUGUUUAAUUACUUCCAUUAGUAUAUAUGAUUGUAUUGUAUAGUUUUUCUCACCCUCAAUACAUGAGAUCUAUCCAACAUUCUUCAUUUUACUCCCACCCACCUGGUGAUUUUCCCUCUACGAUCUUUUUUUAGUGAGGAUACACCAGGAGUGGAUUUUUUAUCUGUUUAAAGUUGAAUGAAGUCUUUGAAUGAUUAUAUUGUGAGAUGAGAAAAGGAAGAGUUCACUCAGUGCAUGAACGAACGCAUGUGUAUAACUACUGUCUGCAUAUGGCUGCUUGAUUCGCG